UAGGCUUCCUGCAGAUUUUCCUUGAAAAAAUAUUUGUAAUACAAAAAAAAGGCUACUGGAAGAUAGAAAAACUACAAAAUGAAGACCUUCAACACACACUUCCAUCAUGAUUACCCUCCAGCACAGUACAACAAACCCAUGCUCAGCUGCUAAUCACAGGAUUAUUCUGCUUAACUAAGACUAUUAGGGGUUACACAUUCAAGUAGCGUCUCCCACAGGCAGACCUUGGAGAGGAUGAUCUAUUUACUAUAGAGCUCAUACAGAGAGCUGAAUAGUGCACAAGGGACCAAAAGAAAGGACCGGGGGGGGAAAACAACUUGUACACCAGUAGUAUCUCAUGGUACGUCCUGGGACACAGAGAGGGGAGCUGCAACAGAAGAAGACCUCAAAGGAAUAGACAUACCACCUGGUUUACAGAACAAUUUCCAAAUCAAAAGAGGUGAACGACUGACACAAAUGCACAGCCAGUGAGGACAACAUCUCUUCUGUCAGUCACCGUGCUUGCCAGUGCUUCACUGCCUGCAGGGUCCACAUUUGGCGUUGGUGCUGAUUAUCUGUCUGCAGCAACAACGCCAGCAACAGGGUCCAUCUCUCAUGAUAUACCUGACAUGAUGAAAGGGAUAGUGAUGAUGCCAUAGAUGAUAUCCUACACUGGACAGGAACAAGUCUGACUAUCCUGGAAACAUGCAGCUUGUCUGUGAGGGCAGCAAAGGACCAAAAGGAGCUGGUCAGCUGGGUGCAAUGACAACAAACUUGGAUGAUGACCAUGACCGUGACCAAGUAGCUCUAAUGUAACCUUUUUUGUUACAGAUGCAGUCACCUGCCACUCACAAGAGACUGAUGCCAGAAAACUGAAAGUUUCCACAGCUAUUUCUGCGUGCACUCUGGAGACCCUUGAGGAAUGGCUCAGAAACUGUGACUGGGUGUAAGCUCAGUGGAAUUUAACAUACUGCUGGGGACCAUGCAGACAACAGGAAGAAUCCAGACAUAUCUGCAGCCUGGGGGACUGUAGCUUGGUUUUAUAAAGUGUUUCUUUUAAAGCGUCAAUCAGAGCGAAGAAAUCAUGGCCAGCAUGGCGGUACAACUUCUUGGCUUCUUCUUGGGCCUGUUGGGGUUUGGAGGAACAUUAGUUGCAACUGUGCUACCUCAGUGGCGCAGCACAGCCUAUGUGGGCUCCAACAUCAUCACAGCUACAGGCUUUAUGAAAGGCCUGUGGAUGGAGUGUGUAUGGCACAGCACUGGCAUUUAUCAGUGUGAGAUGUACAGAUCUCUACUGGCACUGCCACAAGACCUACAGGCUGCGAGGGCACUCAUGGUGCUCUCCUGCAUCACCUCAGUCCUAGCUGCUGUGGUUUCAGCGAUGGGGAUGAAGUGCACUCGAUUCGCCCGUGGCUCGCUGAUCAAGUCUCCUUUGGCAUUAAGUGGAGGGGUUUGUUUUCUCUGUGCUGGCCUUCUCUGCCUGGUCACUGUGGCCUGGACCACCAACGACGUCAUCAUGGAGUUCUACAACCCUUUCCUUUCCGACGGGAUGAAGUAUGAGAUUGGCCUAGCCGUGUACCUCGGCUACGCCUCAGCUUGCCUGAGCCUGAGCGGAGGACUGGUUCUGUGCUGGAGCAGCUGUGGUGACAGGUCACGAGGCCCUGUCUAUAUGCAAAGGAGUCGACCAUCAUCACCUCCCCCUGCCUUCAACAACAAUUAUCCUCCCGCUCCACCUUAUAAGCCCCACGAGGCCCUAAAGGACAAUCAUGCACCUUCCCUUUGCUCCCUCUCUAGCAAUGGCUACCGGCUCAAUAACUACGUCUAAGGCUUGAGAAAAUACUGACACAGUAACUCACAAACCAUAGAGGCUGGAAAAAAAACAAUACCUCUAAGACAGAUACUCUAAAGUCAUGACCAAAUCUGAGGUCCUUAUAAAACUCACCUCAGCACUGAUUGUGAGACAGAGCUGUUGGCCUGCUGCUAUGAACCUGACAGACCAGUGGGUGGCAACGUUUGACUGCAGAACAGACUAGCUCAGAGUCCACAGGCUGUGCUUUAAUGUACCUGUUAAUGAAUAAAUCAUUUUAAAAAAUCA